GAGCUUCUGUUUAGUAACUUGUUUAGUAAAGUUUGUUUACUGAGCAUCAACAUGUAGCUGAGAUCAUAAAGCUGAAUGUAGUAUCUGAAGAACCUCAGCUUCUGAACACCUGAGCGCAUGUGUUAAUAGACUGCAGCCUCGCAGCUCUCUGAAUGUCAAGAUGAUGUCGGCCACACCCCCUUCAUCUCACAGCCCCGCCCCUCAGAAGGUGUGCCACUCCCAGACACAGACAGACAUUCUAAAGCCUCUGCUCGGAGGGGCGGGGCAUGGGAGUCAGGUGGCACACCGGAGGCGGGUGCUAACCAAGGAUGGGCGGAGCAACGUCAGCAUCGAGUACGUGAGUGGGUGUGGCGCUCUGUACCUGCGUGACCCCUGGACCACCUUUGUGGACAUGCAGUGGAGGUACAAACUGAUUCUGUUCAGUGCCACUUUUGUGGGAACCUGGUUCACCUUCGGACUGCUGUGGUACCUGCUGGCUUUGGUGCACGGAGACCUGCUCGAGUUCGAUCCUCCAGCAAACCACAGUGUGUGUGUGAUGCAGAUGCAAACGCUGACCGCAGCCUUUCUCUUCUCGCUGGAGACUCAGACCACCAUCGGAUACGGAUACCGCUGCAUCACGGAGGAAUGUCCGUCGGCCAUAGUCCUGCUCAUCAUCCAGCUCCUCAUCACCACCGCCAUGGAGAUCUUCAUCACCGGAACCUUCCUCGCCAAGGUGGCUCGGCCGAAGAAGCGUGGCGGGACGAUUCGGUUCAGUCAGCAUGCUGUGAUAGCUAAUCACGACGGACGACCGUGUCUCAUGAUACGAGUCGCCAACAUGCGCAAGAGUCUGCUGCUGGGCUGCCAGGUGACUGGGAAGCUUUUACAGCCGUGCGCACCGAAGGAGGGCGAGACGGUGCGUUUGGAUCAGAAGAACGUGACCUUCAGUGUGGACACGGCCAGCGAGAGUCCCUUCCUCAUCCUCCCGCUCACCUUCUACCACAUCAUCGACGAGCAGAGCCCACUGCGCCGAUGGGCCGACAAGGGCGGAUGGACGGACCCAGAUCCGGGUCCGGCUGAUUUUGAGCUCCUGGUGAUGAUGAGCUCCACAGUGGAACCCACAUCAGCCACCUGUCAGGUGCGCACCUCCUACCUGCCCGACGAGAUCCUGUGGGGCUACGAGUUCACGCCCAUCGUGUCUCUCUCUGCCACGGGAAAAUAUGUGGCGUAUCUCGCGUACUUCGACAAGGUGGUGAAAACCAAGACCCCGCCCCUUUUUAACCAGACCCCGCCCAGCGGCACUGAUGGUUGCCAUGGAGACGUGAGCAGCUCAGACCCGGAGAAGAUGCAGCUGGAGCAUAGCUACAGAGAGGAUGAGAGACAGACGGAGGCCAGGACCGUCAGCGCACGCAUCAGUAACGUGUGACUAUAUUCAGUAAUAAUGUCCUUCGAAUAAAAAACUCUAAUCAUUAAUGUUGCAUCAACAGCAUCAGUCCAAUAAUAUGCAA